UCCAAAUCAUUAAAUGUCAGGAAAAGCAAUUAUCCAAAAGGCCGCCCCAUUCUUCAAAACAAAUGCAUGGAAUCCAAUUAAAAAUGCUAUUGAAUCAGUUUAAUUGACUGAUUUCAAAGGAAAGUAUUUAUUGCUUUUCUUCUACCCAUUGAAUUUUACUUUUGUGUGCCCCACAGAAAUCAUCUAAUUCUCUAAAUUAGCUAAAUAGUUCAGAGAACACAACUGUGAAGUCCUUGGAUGUUCAGUUGAUUCAGUCUUUUCACAUGCUGAAUAUGUGAAGAAGCCCAAAGCUGAUGGCGGAUUAGGAGGAUUGGACAUUCUCUUGUUAUCUGAUUUGACCAAACAAAUCUCUUCAGAUUACGGAGUUCUAACAGAUAGUGGACUUUCACUAAGAGGAACAUUCUUAAUUGAUGGUAAUUAAAAUUUACGUCAUGCUUCAAUUAACGAUGCCCCAGUUGGAAGAAAUGUAGAUGAAUAUCUAAGAUUGUUGUAAGCCUUCCAAUUUGUUGAGAAACAUGGAGAAGUCUGCCCAGCUUCAUGGCAGCCAGGACAAGCCACCAUUAAACCAGAUAUUGAAAAAUCAAAAACCUAUUGGUAAAAUACACACGCCAAAAAUUGAGAUGAGCCCUUUUUAUAAUAAAUAUAAAGUAAAAUAUAUAAAACAUAUAUAUCUUUAUGU